CCAUCCCUAGCUCUGCAGAGACUCUGCUUCUCAUCCUGCCAGGAUGCCCACCCCUGGGGCAGGGCAGUAUGAAAAGUCUUCCCAUCUCCAGCAGAGGACCCUGUGGGAAUGGGCUGGGGGCCCUUCUUGAUGGAAGCUCUGUGGCAGGGCAGGGGUUAAUGGAGAAUUGCAACAUACCUCUGGGCUUAGUCACCUCCCACUGCCACUCCCCCCAAUUCCCCUCCCGUUAAGUUUUGUAAAGAGGGCCAGAGACUGGAGAGUGGAAAGAACUGGAGGCAAGAGCCCCCCACCAAGCCCGACUCCCCAGGCUCCCAGAAAUCUCAGGGCAGAGGACAAGGACAGCCUCUGGAGUUCCUGCCUAGUGGGACCAUGAACUGGCCGUGGCUAUGGCUGGGCUUCCUACUCCUUAUGACAGUCUCAGGCCGGACCCUGGGGCCUUCAGGGAAGGAGGCAGCCGUGGAUUACCUGUUGCAGUAUGGAUACCUACAGAAGCCUCUCGAAGGACCUGAUGACUUCAAGCCAGAAGAUAUCAUGGAGGCUCUGAGAGCUUUUCAGGAAGCAUCUGAGCUGCCAGUGUCAGGUCAGCUGGAUGAUGCCACAAGGGCCCGCAUGAGGCAGCCCCGUUGUGGCCUGGAGGACCCCUUCAACCAGAAGACCCUUAAAUACCUCCUGCUGGGCCGCUGGAGAAAGAAGCACCUGACCUUCCGCAUCUUGAACCUGCCUUCCAGCCUCCCACCCCACACAGCCCGGGCAGCCCUGCUUCAAGCUUUCCAGUACUGGAGCAAUGUGGCUCCCCUGACCUUCCGGGAGGUGCAGGCUGGCUGGGCUGACAUCCGCCUCUCUUUCCAUGGCCGCCAGAGCCGGUACUGCUCCAAUUCCUUUGAUGGGCCUGGGAGGGUCCUGGCCCAUGCUGACAUCCCAGAGCUGGGCAGUGUGCACUUUGAUGAAGAUGAACUCUGGACGGAGAGGACUUACCGGGGAGUGAACCUGCGCAUCAUUGCAGCCCACGAACUGGGCCAUGCCCUGGGGCUUGGGCACUCCCGAUAUACACAGGCCCUCAUGGCCCCUGUCUAUGCUGGUUAUCGGCCCCACUUCAAGCUGCACCCGGAUGAUGUGGCAGGGAUUCAGGCUCUAUAUGGGAAGAAGAGCCCAGAGACAGAGGAUGAGGAAGAAGAGAUGGAGCUCCCCACUGUACCACACGUGCCUACAGAACCCAGUCCCAUGCCAGACCCCUGCAGUGGUGAACUGGAUGCCGUGAUGCUGGGGCCCCGUGGGAAGACUUAUGCCUUCAAGGGGAACUACGUGUGGACUGUGACAGAUUCAGGGCUGGGUCCCUUGUUCCAAGUGUCUGCCCUUUGGGAGGGGCUCCCAGGAAACCUAGAUGCUGCUGUCUACUCUCCUCGAACACAAUGGAUUCACUUCUUUAAGGGAGACAAGGUGUGGCGCUAUAUUAAUUUCAAGAUGUCUCCUGGCUUUCCCAAGAAGCUGAAUAGGGUAGACCCCCACCUGGAUGCAGCUCUCUAUUGGCCUUUCAAUAAAAAGGUGUUCCUCUUUAAGGGCUCCGGGUACUGGCAGUGGGACGAGCUGGCCCGAACUGACUUCAGCCACUACCCUAAACCAAUCAAGGGAUUGUUUACAGGAGUGCCAGACCAGCCCUCUGCUGCUAUGGGUUGGCGGGAUGGCCAUGUCUACUUCUUCAAGGGUAAACAGUACUGGCGCCUCAACCAGCAGCUUCGAGUAGAGAAAGGCUAUCCCAGAGAUACCGCCCACAAUUGGAUGCACUGUCGUCCCCAGACCUCAGACAAUACUCCAUUGGGUGGGAACACCACUCCUUCAGGGACUGACAACUCAGCCAUAGGAACAAACUUGGAUACCACUUCCUCAGCCAUAGAUACCACCCUGAACACAGCCCCCUCAGCCAGAGACCCAACCUUGGACAUUACCCCCUCAGCCACAGUCUCCACCACCCUUUCAUUCCCUGGUAAUGUCACCCUCGCAGAUGAUAAGAUGUGAAGCAAAUGUCUGCUCACUAGGCAGGAGGGCUGCACCAGGGGCAUGCCGUAGACCCCAGGCCUCUAACUCCUAGCCACCACUCCUCUGUGCUCUUUCCCUCCUGGGCAGUGACUCCCUAACUCUGGGUCAGCCUCUAGACAUUUUUCCUCCAUCCUAGAUAGCACUUCCAGCUGUGUUAUCUAUUCUCUGGAAGACAGUGGUAGAAGGAAGGCACCACUCAGGCCCCUGGCUUACAGGCAGCAAAGCUGGGAAGCUAAAUGCCUGGGUCCGGUUCUUCCUAGAUAAAGUGCAAGGAAACAGCAUGGCCAGUAAAAUGAGCAAGGGCUUUGGAACACUUGAGAAUCACAUUUACUUGCUGAUGACUUUGGACAAGUUAACUAACCUCACUGAGCCUCAGAUUCCCCAUCUGCAAAAUAAGGUGGAUACCAAUCCUGCAGGGUUAUUGCAUUAAAUGAAAUACUAUUUGUGAAGUAUAUGGCACAGUGUCUGGCACAUUUGUGCUUAAUAAAGGCUAACUCCAUGUU